CCCAUCUACUUCGCCAGCGGACGGUCGCUGCUAUGCAGUUCAAUGUUCAAUCGUCAUUUCGUUCUCAGCAAUCGUAGGACGUGAAUCACGCGCGCAUACUCGGUUUAAGUCACAUUUUCAAAUUCGUAACUUAUUCACUACCGCCAACCAAUAAACCGAGUGAACAUCAGGAUUAUCUGCUAAAUGAUAUUCAGAAGAUGGAAUAGUGUAUCUCAGGGUAAAAUGGAAUGAAACGUUUUGAGUGACAUAAACUUUGUGCGACUUUUAGUGUGCUGUGAACGGUGAUAAAAGACGGAGUCUCUUGGUGUAUUAAUUUCAAUAUUGUUUUCGCGUUUUAAUUGAACUGAAAAACCAAAAUGUGGAAAGAGGUUCUUGUCAUAGUCGCAGUCCUAGAGACAGCUCUCGGUGCUUCAAUAUAUCACUGCCCUGAAGGAACGCCCUGCCAAACGUUAGAAGGCUACCUAGACACAUCUUCUUUCGACUUCUUGACCAAAUUCAGCGAAAAGCAGUUCCGUACUAUUGUUCAUUUGAAGAUGUCUGAUGCAGCCGUAAACAAGGUGGAUCCAAGACUGAAAUAUCUCAAAAAUUUGAGUUACCUAGACUUAUCCCACAAUAAUGUUCAGAUUUCUUCCAUUCCUUCGCUGAAUAGCUUGAAGACGUUAAUUUUGAAAGCGAAUAAUCUGAAAGCUAUCAAUCUAACCGCUUUGCCACAGAACAUAGAAGAAAUAGAUAUAUCUCAUAAUCUGCUCACACAAAUUCCCAGAGACUGGAUUUCACUCAAGUAUCUCAAAAAGAUGCACCUGUAUAAGAACCCGAUAGACUGUGAUUGUAACAAUGUACUGAGUUACGACCGGCUGAUCAAGAGCGGUGUUUCAGUGCCAGAAUCGGUAACGUGUCAUUCUCCGAACAAAUAUAUCGGGAAAGAUAUAACCGCUAUUAAUUGCUCAAUAGAUGAUAUCAUGGUCUACGACGAGCCAGAGGAAGGUUCAGGCGAUGCAGACAUUUUCGACGAAUCCGUGAAUACCGAAAUAUACAAAGUUCCUUUCGUCGAAGAAAAGGAAGAUGACGUUAUAAUAGAGGACAACACCAUUAUAGAUGACAAGGCAGUAGAGGAGGAAGAAGGAAGUGGUAACGAAGGAAGUGGAUUUGGCAUUUUCCCAGAUACUGGCGUCAUUGGAUGUAUAGAAAAUUGUUCCACCCCAGGACCAGUUGGAGAGAACGACGAAGAAUUUGCAUCACCACUUCCGAGUGCCAUCGAUCAGGCUCGGAUACUUUUCCAAGAUAUCAACUUGUUUGAGGAUCACCCUGCAAUGACCUCCAGUGUAGCAACCAGUUCAACUACCAGCAAAACAACUGUCACGACCACAUCUGCUCCAGUAGCUUUUACCGAAGCACAAAUCCCAAUCAAAGAACCAAAGAUCCUGAAGGAAACGGAAACAAAACUUGACAGGCAGUCGGACAAAAGUGUAGACGUGGAAGAAAUUGGACACGGCACCAGGACUGGGGAGUUGGAACGAGCAUCUGCUGCACCUUCAGACUCGACUGCCGUCUAUGCUAUCGUCGGAGUCGGACUAUUUUUAGCAGUAUUAUUCGUUAUAGCAUUUGUAAAAGGUCGGCGAUCUAAGCGAAGACAGGAAAAACGUGACAUUCCCAACUCUCUCGGGGAGGAGAUGAAACCUCUGAGUAAACUGAGUAUUUCAGCCACGAACGAUAAAGCUAAUAGAAAUUCGAACAUUCCAGAAAACAUACCAUUGAUAAAUGGCCAAAACGGCAAAACCAAAGAUGAUACAGUCUUGCUCAAAUCAUUCACCCCGCUAGCUCACCCGGAGCUGACCAAAGAAGACAGCGAAGAAGACGAAGAGUUGCAACAGAACGGCUACAAUAGUGAACCAGAUGGGGUAGAGAUACGUCCUAAAUCUGAACUACUAACUCCUCAGCGAGCGAGAGUCACAAUAAGGGAGUCGGAGAUUCCGGAUUCUAUUCCCAAAACCCCCGUGCUCGUUCAACGUAAAAAGAAUAGUGAAGGUGAAAUUGUUACAACCGUUGUGCCUUGAGAGAACUAGUAACGGAUACCUCAGUAUUUAUUAUCUAUAAAUAAGUUUUGUGAUAAAAAUUAACUUAUUUCGCGUCGUUCCUAUAUCUACGGCGGUCUCCGAGAGAACUGUCCGUUUUGCGAGAAAUGGUGAAUUUUCGACCCUUACAGACUUAUUUGUAUACUUAUUUUUAUGUGUUUAUAUAUUUAUAAAUGUUGCCAAAGUAUGUUUCAUAAUCGAAGCCAACAAUAAUGUUGCAUAAUCGAGUAAAGAUGUCAGUGUAAAAUCCCUCUGCUUAAUCAAAACUAUUCGAAUUAUCAAGACGUCGCAGAUAUGAAUAAAAAAGUAAUUUUUUAUAAUUGAAUAAUUCAUAAACUGGAUGAUUUGCAUUGCUGCAAAAUACUGUGGUAAGCAAGGUGGUAAGGCUCGAUUUAAAAAUGUGUUCAAGUAAUUAAAAAAAACGUAAUAUUCUGUGACAUCUGUAAAUUUACCAAUGAAAAACUGUCUUUUUAAAAAGAAACCUCUACUAUGCUAGGCAAACCACUUCGGUAUUCAACACAAAUUUUCAGUUGAAACUUUAAUUUUAGGGUGAUUUCGUACUUCUUCCCCGAUUUUUUGGUCUUCAUUCAAUGAAAGAACCAUGGAUUUCAAAACAUAAACAAACUUGGUCGAAUAGGACUACGAUUUAGGUUGAUUUUGGUCUGUUGCCGAUUUUCUAAAUGUUUUCUUUUUUAAAAAAAUUGGUUGGUCCUAUUAGCUCAACUGUUGUGAUAACUUUAUAAUUAUUUGGAGUUGUUCAUCAACCUAUUAAACGAUGGUUUGCUCUUCAAUUGGCGCAAAUAUUACCUCAGGCACAAACGAUAAGGGUAGAUUAUAACUUCUUCGGCCAGCUUAACGAUUGAGGUAGCAGAACAGGAAGUUAAUUUUGCUCAAAGAAUUUUGACUGUGACAACCACUUGAGUAUGCAGUUUGAAUGAGAAGCAAAAUUUGUUCAAAUAGUUGAUAAAGGAGCCUGAAAUGAAAUUACAAUUGUCGGAAAUUCAAAAUUUCGAAAAACAUUUUUUGACAUGUUUAUUCUAGUCUACUGGUUACGAUAACAAAAACCAAUUAUUUGAACAUAAUGAAAAAUUGUUAUAGGCUGGAAGUAAAUUAUUGUAAAAUUGUUUAUCUAUGGUUGGCGGUUGGGUUCUGCUAAAUUAUCGUAGAGAUAGUUAGUAGAACCCAUCUCCGUUUAAUGAAGAACAAAAAUUUGGGGAACAGAGGACAAUAUUUGCCUAAAAUCAUGACCAGACAACUGAUGUCAAAUUUGAAAGCAAUUCUGCUGGCUGAACAGGGUAAACAAGGACGCUGAAAGUGAAUAUUUUCCGCAUUCAUUUGUAGUUCAGUCGGAAUCGAUGAACGUGAACUUCUUAAUGAAUUUAAGAAAAACACUUCUUGCUCUCACCAGAAAUGUUUUGGAGUGUUGAAGAAAUAGUUGUGUGUUGCCCAUAAGGGAAGAGAAAUCUACUUGGAUACUGGUUGAUGAAUCGACUACUAUAUUCACAUUUCACACACCUUUCUCAUUCACUAUAAUCUCAUCAGCUUGCAUGGAUUUUCGUUCGUGGAAAAUAUUUUCUCAUUCGAAUAUUUUUUCGAUUUCUGAAACAAGCCGAUCUGAAAUGGUUUGGGAAUCUUCUUGAUAACCACAACAUGAACAAAUAUAUUGGGUUCAGUAUUUUGAUAUAAAUUUGGUGAAAAGUUUUCUCAUUCUCAAAUUGUGAUGAACUUUGAAAAGAGCAUCAACAUUUGCUUUGUGGUCACAAAAAUUGAUCUUCAGAAUCACACUUUUAUACCACUCGACUCAUGGAUGUUAACAACAACCUUUUUAUGAAACAUCACAUUUGUAACAGUAGUUUGUAUUUGCGAAAUCCUCUCAACGCCAACUAGAUACCAGUACCCCAAUAUAAUAAUAGUGGUCCCAAAUGAAGAAUGAAUAAAAAUGUAUCUUCAGUGUUAUGAUACGGGUAUCAUACUUGAACCUUCCUAAUUCUCACAAUAUGUACAUACUACUAAUGUCUUUUUUGUCGCCAGAAUAAUUAUUUCGAAUACUACUCUUAAUUUAUUUUUUUUUGUAUUCAUUCAUAUCUGACCGACACAAUUGAUUUAAUGAGAUAAACGUAAUUACAUAGUUAUUAGUUCGUGGGUUAUUUUGGCUAGCCUGACCAUCCCAAAAUAAGUCCUCCAUUUUAUGAAAUUACCGAAAGGCAAGUUUAAAUAACAGGGCUGUGAAUUUUUUUUAUUGACCUGGCUAUGAACUUUUUUUGAGGUUAUAAUUAUUUGAUAAUCUUGAUUUUUUUAUAAUUGGAUGCAGUUUUUGUUGUUACUAUUUGCUGGAUACUAGUUGUUCAUUACAAAAACUUUUAUUUUAUAUUGUUUGCGACAUUUUUUAUUACAAUGGAUUUUACCGGCGAUUUCUGUAAAAAUUUAUAAAAAUCUAGAAUCGUACAAACAUUGAAGAGACGUGAUUUUAUCAUGCUGUUAUAUAAAUACAUACCAUUUAUUCUGUUUUUUACAUAUAAAUUUUUAGAAGAAAUAAAAUAUGCAAGCAA